ACAUCACAGAGUCCCGGCUAGGUAACUGGUAGGUGUGGGCUUAGUUGUUUCAGAACUUGCCUUUUAGGAAAUUUUUUCUUUUAUUUGCCGAGUUUGCUUUGACUACACAAGUUGAUCAUUGUGGUACUCAUUUGUAUUGCAUUUAAUUUCUACUUCUACAUGCUAGUAGGUCUUUUAAGAUGUGUAUUUUGUUUCCUCAACUAGAUUAAUUAGACUGGCUAAUUCCCCAAUUUUAUGGUAGCUUUAAACAGUAUUCUGUUGGUUUUUCUUCUCUUCUAAGUUGAUUUUUAACAUAACACUAAUAAUAUCUGAAUAUAUUCUUAUAAAAAAGUCAAACAUUACAGAUACAUCUGAACUUGCCGUUGAUCAGCCUACCUCCCAUCCCAAUGCCUUCUUACCCUCCUCAGAGUUAAUCACUGUUAAUCAGUUUUAAAUAAGCCCUGCCAGACCUUUUCAAUGCAUUUACAACAUACAUAAUUAUAUAUAGAACUUUAUAUGUGACACGCGGUAAACAAAAAGAACUUUAUAUGUGACACGCGGUAUAUGUAUAAAUAAUACUUAUAUGUAAUUAUUUCCCUUCUAUUUUUUUACUGCCUGUGGUAUUAAAUAAAUAUUACUGAUACCUGAGAAGGGCCUGGACCUGAGAGACUGGAAUGAGAAGUGAAAGGUCACUUCUAACGUAUGAACACACAUUAUAUGUAUCCAGCUUGCAAAAGUUCAUUCCAUAUUUGUUCUACAUAUAGUCCCUGGAUAUCAGUGGCCAGGCCAUGGCUCCACGGUCCCAGCGACGAAGGCACAAGAAACCCCCCUCAUUGGUGGCUCCUGUGGUUGUGACCCCACCCAAGGUUGUGACCCCUGUGCCUCUGACCCUCUCAAAACCUGGCCCUAGCAUUGAUGCACUUGGCUUCUUCUCUUUGGAGGAUAACGUUCCUGGUCUACCCCAGCUGAUCCUUCAGAAGUUGAACAUGAAAAGCUAUGAAGAAUACAAGUUGGUGAUAGAUGGGGGUACCCCUACAUCGGGCUUUGGAUUUCGAUGUCUUCAAGAAAUGUUCCAGAAGAUGGAGGACACAUUUCGAUUCUGUGCUCAAUGUAGAGUACUCCCUAGUGGCCUUUCAGACUCCAGGGUCCUCCGAUACUGCAAGAGGUGCAGAAAUGUGUAUUACUGUGGUCCAGAGUGCCAGAGGUCAGACUGGCCAGCACACAAGAGGGUCUGUCAAGUGCUGCGGCUCGUAGCUGUGGACCGUCUCAUGGAAUGGCUUCUGGUUACAGGUGAUCUUGUCCCACCCUCAGGACCUUGGCCAUGGCCGGCUGAAGUUGUGCAGGGCUGGGACACCUGGUUUUCUAUGCGAGGGUUACAGCUAGAUACUACACUGAAUGCUGUGCUAUGUAGUCAUGCUAUGACCACCCUGUGGGCCAGUGUAAGACAACCAAGGCCAGGUUCAGAUGUUCUGCAGGGCUCUUUGAAACGGCUGCUGACAGAUGCCUUGUCACGGCCCUUGACGCUGGGCCUAGGGCUUCAGUCCUUGAGGAUAGAUGUUGGCAAGGCUGGGGGAAGCACAGUGCACGUGGUUGGUGCUUCCCAUGUGGAGACCUUCCUCACUCGCCCUGGGGACUAUGAUGAGCUUAGCUACAUGUUUCCUGGACACCUUGGCCUCCGUGUGAUCAUGGUUGGUGUAGAUGUGGCUACUGGCUUUUCACAGAGCACCUCAACUUCACCCCUGGAACCUGGCACAGUUCAGCUUAGCAGCCACAAAGGUCUCUAUCAUGACUUCUGGGAGGAGCAGGUAGAGACUGGGAACGUAGCCCAUCCAGAUUUGGUGGUGGGAUUCCAUCCAGGUUUCCAUUCCUCUCCAGACUUGAUGGAGGCUUGGCUGCCCACCCUGCUGCUACUUCGUGAUUAUAAGAUCCCAACACUGCUCACCAUUUACAGCCAUCAGGAGUUGGCAGCCUCUUUGCAGAUUCUGGUGGACCUGGAUAUGCACAUCACUGCCUAUGGAGCUAACCCUUUCACGUCCCUCAAACCCGAACAGGUCUAUUCCAACCCCAACAAGCAGCCAGUAUACUGCAAUGCCUACUAUAUCAUGUUUCUUGGAAGCUCCUGCCAGCUGGAUGAGAGACAAGUGGAAGAGAAAGUGGAUGGCAGGGUUUAAAUAGCUGAGCCAGAUACUGACUGGAUGCCUAGAAAGUGGGGAUGUUGUGAUGAAAUUACUGUCCUAAUGCCAGAUUGUUGCCAACUUUGAAACCCACUAUAUUCUAAAUCUCAUUCAUUGUCCAGGCAAAGAUUCUAAGCUGAAUGACAGCUCCUAUGACAUGACUUAUUGCUGAGAGGUUAAACUACAACAUCUUCUAGGGACACCAAUCUUGACUUAAUGGGUGACAAGAGGCCCUGGUUAUCUAUCUUUCCAGAGACUAGAGUUCCUAACAGUUUCCUUUGUGAGGAAGUUGUAAUUCUUGACUUGAACCAGAUGGCAAUAUCUUCUACUAGAGAAGAAGAGUGAGAAGACAACUACCUUAUUCUGAAAAACAAAAAACAAACUUUCUUCUUAUCCAGCAAUUUGGGAUAAAGAAUGGAGAGGUGUCAGUGACUUAAAAUGGUACAAAAAUGGACAGGUCAUAGAAUGGGUUGGGAGCAUGGACUUGGUUGUUAAGAUUGGUACAGUUUUAUUUCCUGGCUUUCCCAAGAGAAAUAGCUCAUUUUCCCAUUUUCACUUGGGGACUUCUGUUCCUAGAGCAGUUUUUGGUCCCAGUGUUAUAAUUAGAUAUCCUGGGAUAUAUCAGACUUAGCCUGAAUUUAUUGGCAUUAUUUGUUAUCACCUGCUCUGUAGCAUAAUAAACUCAGUUCGAAGCUUCUUAAGCUACUUGUUUUAUCUUAUUUUGUAAUCACUGGCAAGUAGUACUCAUCUGUACACAGCACCUCAACACUGGAGGUUUCUCUCUUGCCAAGGGAAUGAUUAGCAUCAGCUUCUGUCUGGGCCUGCCACUCUACCACGCCGUUGUUUCAUGAUAUGCUUCUCUUUUCACACUCUGAGGAUUAGGACAUUGUCUAGUCAUUCAUUCCAACAAUCUUGCCAUGACUUCCCCAGCCCCACCCCAAGAGACACGUACACACGCUUAUUGCUGACUCUAAUAGGGAUAAUGCUAGAAUUUAUUCAUUCAAAACAUUUAGUGCCUAUCAUGUGAAAGAUACUGUAUGGGGGCAUUUGGGAGAUACAAAGGUGAAUGAGACAAUCCUUAUUCUUAACCUAGGAAGGAAAAUAAUAAUAACAUACACAGAACUUUAUUACAGGGUGUGUGAGCCCUGGUGGCGCAGCGGUUAAGCACUUGGCUGCUAAACAAAAGGCCGGCGGUUCGAACUCACCAGUUACCUCGCGCGAGAAAGAGGUGGUAGUCUGCUCCCAUAAAGAUCGCAGCCUGGGAAACCCUGUGGGGGCACUUCUACUCUGUCCUGUAGGGUCGCUAUGAGUCAGAAUUGACUGGCUGGACAGCAGUGUGGAGUAAGAACAGUGAGAGAGGCUUGUCAUGCUAAGGAAAUAGAGUGAAAGUUAUCACUUUGCUGAUAGCGAAGGUUUUGUGAAUUAGAAUUUUAUUGAACAGUUUUGUGAAUUAGACUUUUAUUAAACAGGGCAGGGCAUUACAAGUGGAUAGAACAACCAGAGCAGAAGUUCAGAGGCAGAAAACACUGGAGAUAUUUUGGGGUACUACCUUAGCUGGAUUCUCUAGAGGAGCAAAACAGUGAAGCAUGUAUAUAAAUAAAUACAGAGAGAGAUUUAUUUCAAGGAAAUGGCUCAUGCAGUUGUAGAGGCUGACAAGUCCCAAAUCUGUGAGUCAGGCACCAGGCUGGAGGCUUACUCCUGACUCAAUGGUUGCAGGGGCUGGCGAACCCAAAAUCAGCAGGUCAGACGGCAGGCUGUUGGCUCAUGUCCCGAGAACCAGAGGUCAGAGGAUGAUGAGUUGGAUGCAGGAUUGAGAGUGUGUGAGCUUUGACAGAAUAUCCAUAUAUAUUGCAUGCAGGCCACACUCCAAGGAAACUCCCCUUUCAACUGAUUGGCUGCUCACAUCAGAUCAAAAAAUGGGGGAGGAUUACAUAAUAUCUGCCUAACCACUGAGAAUCAUGGCCUUGCCAAGUUGACACAUAACCUUACUAUCACAGGUACAUUGGGGGAUUAGUACAAAUUAAUCCUGGAAGGUAGAUUGGAACCAGACUAUAGAGCAUAGCCUACUGAUCAGAGCAUGGGCUUUGGUAGUAUGUGGAUCUGAGUAUGAAUCCAGGGCAACCAUCAAAUAUUUUUUGUGCUCCUGGGAGAGUUAAUUUUUUUCUAAGCCUUGCUUCUCUCAUCUGUAAAUGAGAAUAAUACCUAAUAUCCAGAGGAACAUUAAGAGUUAAAUGAUUUUUCCCUAAGAUCAGGAAUCAGACGAGGAAGCCCCCUUUCACCACUGCAAUUCAACACUGUAAUGGAACUUCUAGCCAGAGCAAUUAGGCAAGAAAACAGUAUAAAAGGCACCCAAAAUGGGAAGAAACAAAACUAUUCACAGAUGACAUGUUCCUGUAUAUAGAAAAUCCCGAAGAAUCCACAAGAAAGCUACCAGAGCUAAUAAAUGAAUUUGUCAAAGUUGCAGGUAAAAAAUCAACAAAUGAAAAUCAGUUGAGUUUCUAUACACCAGCAAUGAACAGUCUGAAAAGGAAAUUAAGAAAAACAUUCAAUUUAUAAUAGCAGCUAAAAGAAUAAAAUACCUAGGAAUAAUUUAACAAGGGAGGUGAAAUACUUGUAUACUGAAAACUAUAAAACAUUGCUGACAGAAAUUAAAGAAGGCCUAAAUAAAUAGAAGGACAGUCUGUGUUCAUGAAUUAGAAGACUUAAUAUUGUUAAGAUGUCUAAACUACCCAAAGCCGUCUAUAGAUUCAACACAAUCCCCAUCAAAAUUCCAACACUCUUUGCAGAAAUGGAAAAGCCAAUCCUCAAAUUUAUUUGGAAUUGUAAGGGGCUCCAAACAGCCAAAACAAUCUUGAAAAUGAAGAACAAAGUAGGAGGACUCGAACUUCCUCAUUCCAAAAUGUGCUAUAAAGCACAGUAAUCAAAACAGACUGGCACUAGUAUAAGGAUAAACAUAGACCAAUAGAAUAGAAUUGAGAACCCAGAAAUAAACUCAUAUGUCUAAGGCCAAUGGGUUUUUGUCAAAGGUAUCAAGUCCGUUCAAUGGAGAAAGAAUAGUUUCUACAACAAAUUGUGCUGGGACAACUGGAUGUCUACAUGCAAAGUUGAAGUUGAACCCAUAACACAUACCAUAUACAAAAAUUAAAAUGGAUUGAUGUUCUAAUGUAAGAACUAAAAUCAAAAAACUCUUGGAAGAAAACUUAAGGGUAAAGCUUUACGACCUUGUUUUUUACUGUGAAUUCUUAGAUGUGGCACCAAAAGGAAAAACAGAUAAAUUAAGACUUCAUCAAAAUUAAAAACUUUUGUGCAUCGAAGAACUUUAUCAAGAAAAUGAAGAGAGAGCCUAAGUAUUGGGAGGAAAUUUUUGGUUAAUCAUAUAUCUGAUAACGGUUUAAUAUCCAGACUAUAUAAAGAACUACAACUCAACAACAUAAGGACAAACAACCCAAUUAAAAAAUGAGGAAAGGAAUAGACAUUUAUCCAGAGAAGAUACACAAAUAGGCAAUAAGCACAUGAAAAGAUGUUCAGUGUCAUUGGUCGUUGUCGUUAGGUACCAAUGAGUCAAAAUCAAAAUCACAAUGAGAUACCACUGCUCAUUCAUUAGGAUGGCCGUGAUCAGAAACACAAACUAACAAGUUUUGUCUUAGAUGCAGAGAAAUUGGGACCCUUGUGAAUUGCUGGGGGGAAGGUAAAAUGGUGCAGUAGCUGUGAAAACAGUUUGGAGUUUCCUCAGAGUUAAACAUAGAACUACCAUAUGACCCAACAAUUCCAUUUCCAGGUAUAUACCCAAAAGACAUAAAAGCAGGUUCUCUGAUCCUCAUACACCAAUGUUUAUUGGAGCAUUAUUCACAAUAGCCAAAAGGUAGAAACAACCCAAAUGUCCAUCAACUGAUAAAUGGCUAAACAAAAUGUGGUAUACCCACACAACGGAAUAUUAUUCAGCCAUAAAGAGAAAUGAAGUACUGAUUCAUGCUAUAAUGUGAAUUAACCUUGAAAGCAUCUUAGAAAGAAGCCAGUCUCAAAAGACCACAUAUUGUAUGAUUCCAUUUAUAAAAAUAUCCAGAAUAGGCAAAUGUAUGGAGACAAAGUAGAUUAGUGGUUGACUAGGGCUGGAGUGGGAUAGUUGGGAGGUGAUGGCUAAAAAGCAUGGGGUUUCUUCUUGGGGUGAUGAAAAUGUUCUAAAAUUGAUCUUCGUGAUGGAUUCAUAACUGUGAAUAUACUAAAAACCAUUGAAUUGUACACUUUAAAUGAGUGAGUUUUAUUGUAUGUGAAUUGUGUCUCAAGAAAGCUGGUACCAAAAGAAUAACUACAGAGGCUUAGAGAGUAUUUAAAAAAAAAAAAUUGUGACUGUUAAGUGCUUAGAACUUAGUAAAGGAGGCUUGGUGGUACAGUGGCUAAGUGCUCGGCUGCUAACAAUAAAGUUUAGCAGUUCGAACCCACCAGCCGCUCGGUGGGAGAAAAAUGUGGCAGUCUGCUUCCAUAAAGAUUUACAGCUUUGGAAACCCUAUGGGGCAGUUCUACUCUGUCCUAUACAGUUGCUAUGAGUCGAAAUUGACUCGACAACGAUGCAUUUGGUUAUUGGUAGCACUUAGUAAAACCAAAAAACCAAACCUGUUUCCGUCCAGUGAAUUCUGACUCAUAGUGACCGUAUAAGACAGUAGAACUGCCCCACAGGGUUCUCAAGGAGCAUCUGGUGGAUUCAAACUGCUGACCUUUUGGUUAGCAGCUAAGCUCUUAACCACUGUGCCACCAGGGCUCCAGCACUUAGUACCCAUAACCCAUUGCCAUGGAGUCGAUUUCGACUUAUAAUGACCCUAUAGGACAGAGUAACCAGUGACACAAAAACUUGCAAGUCAAAUGAUUGGUAGAGUGGUGAUACCAGUAUGUAAAAGUUUAAAUGCCUGUCUUCAUGCUACAUGCUGAGGGUUGCUAGAUGUGGUCUUAAAGAGUUACAGUUUAAUAGGGGGAGAUUGACGUAAGGGCAGAAUUGUAGAGUUAUAUUUUCUGAAGUCAGCACAUGAGGGGAAAAAUUAUAUUGUCAUAACUGUCGAUGAAAAUUGCUUAGAAUAGCACCACAUUGGAUUUUGACAUACCCUGUCAUUAGGUUGUGUCAUUAGGUUGGAAACCCUGGUGGCGUAGUGGUUAAGUGCUGUGGCUACUAACCAAAAUGUCGGCAGUUCGAAUCCACAAGGCACUCCUUAGAAACUCUAUGGGGCAGUUCUACUCUGUCCUAUAGGGUCGCUAUGAGUUGGAAUCAACUUGACACCAGUGGGUUUGGUUUGGUUUGGUUUGGUCAUUAGGUCUAUGACAGUCAAAUUUUCUUCCAGUGCUUAGUAAACUAUUGAUCACCAAAUAGUUGGCUUGGAUUUAUGGGACCCUGUAGUAGUCAAUCAAAUAUUUAUUGAACACUUUCUAUUAGACUCUAGAGUUACAUACCAGAGUCCCUGCUCUCAAGGAGUUUACAUUCUAGUCGGGGAGACAAACAGUAAACACACAAAACCGAAAAACCCAAACCCAUUGCCGUUGAGUUGAUUCUGACUCGUAGCAAUCCUGUAGGACAAGAUCAUAGAACUGCCCCAUAGGGUUUCCAGGGAGCGGCUGGUGAAUUCAACCUGCGACCUUUUGUUUAGCAGCCGAAUGCUUAACCACUAUGCCACCGGGAUUUCUAGUAAACACAUAGAAUAUUAGAUAUUUUUAGAUGCCAUAAAGAAAAUUAAAUAGGGUAAUGAGUGUGUAUAACUGGUGGGGUGGCUGCUAAUGCUGUGAUGUUCAGGGAAUCUCUUUGAGAUGACACAUACAGUGGAGAUAACGUUCCAAGUAGAAAAAAUAGCAAGUGCAAAGGUCCUGAGGAUCUCUAGUGUUUGGGUAUAAGCUUGGCAUGUUUGUACAAAAGGCCACUGUGACCAAAAAAAAAAAAAAAAAAAUCCUUUGCUGUCAAGUCGAUUCCAACCCAUGGUGACCCUAUAGGACAGAGUAAAAGUGCCCCACAUGGUUUCCAAGGAGCAGCUGUUGGAUUCGGACUGCUAACCUUUUUGGUUAGAGGUCCAACACUUAACUACUGUGCCACCAGGGCUCCCAAUUGUAAUUCAGAAGGAAAGUGAAAAGGAGUAAGAUCAGUGAGGCAGGGACCAGAUAUAAAGAACCUAAAAGGCCACUGUCAGGGGUUUGGAUUUUAUUACGGUUUCAGUGGGAAGUUCUGGAGAGUUGGCAGUCAAGGGAAUAACAUGACCCAGUUUAUUCUAUUCACUCUAACUCAGGGUUUCUCAACCUUAGCACUAUUGAGAUUUUGGGCUGCAUAAUGUUUAGUAGCAUACCUUUCUUCUAGCUACUAGAUUCUAGUAUCAUCCCCCCUGCAAUUGUGACAACCAAAAGGUUCCCAAGACAUUGCCAAGUCACCACUCUGACGGUACAAAAAGUAUGUGCAUUUAAAACACUAGACUUGGAUACAGUGAGAUGUUCACAUUAGGAGAAGCAUAAUGGCUCAUUUCAUGUGAACUCUGAAGUUCAAAGGUUUUCUGUUUUGUUUUUUUUUGCUAAGUUUAUGUGGUUGAAUACAGGUAAGUUCAAUGCUUAUGUGCUAUGACUCCACUGUUAAGUGUGGCACAGUGGACAUCUCUAAGAGGUCCAAUCAGGGACAAAAAGGACAGAAUGGUUAAGUCUACCCAGGAGAAGGCAAGGAAAAGAAGAAAGUGAGGAAAAGUUUCUUGCAGUAGGAAAGAAAUAGACAAUCUUUGGAUUGAAUCUAUUUGGAUAGAUAAUUGCUAAAAGGUGGCCAAUGUGCUUUCUAGGCAGAGGAAGCGUGAGAAAAGGGCCUCUGAUCCUGGAGGGCCUUGUACGCCAGGAAAGAAGGAUGACUUGAAAGGCGAAGGGGGAAAUGCAGUGUGUCUGAGCAGGCUGUUGGAUAUUUGGGCCUACAGCUCAGGAAAGUGGGCUUAAUGGAAAUAAGAGGUUUGAAAAAUAUCCUCUUAAGGUUAGCUGAUAGUUAAGGCAAAGGAAGGGGUGGGGGUGAAAUCACCAAGGAAGUAGUGUGGUGAACAGAGGAGUAAGGGCAGUCUUCUUAGGGAAUGUUUAAGUUUCGGAGGUCUCUGGGGUAGGUAGUACAGAAAGGCCUGGUGGGAGCUAGGGAAUAAAAUGCUGGGUACCCAAGAUACUCUACAGUUUUGUUUAUCGUUGCCAGAUUUGGCAGUAAUCUGCCUAAGUACCUUCCAACUUUAUCCCUAUUUUGGGAUCAUGUCUAUCUUGCUGUUCCCACUUAAAAUCCUUAAAACCCAUCACCCUAGCAGGCUUUUGGGUAGAAAAGCAUUAGAGUAACAGUAGGUUGAUGGUUCUCAAACUGUAGUGUGCAUCAGAGCCGCCGGGAGGGCUUGUUGAAAUACAGAUUAUGGGGAAUCACCCCCCGAGUUUGUGAUUCAGUAGAUGUAAAGUGGAGCCAAGGACUGCAUUUCUAACCAGUUCCCAGGUAAUGUGGAUGCUGCUGAUCUGGGGAUCACACUUGAGAACCACUGUGAUAGGUAGCUGGUUGAGUUUUGCUCUGGAAUACAGACUUUCUUAAUGAGUUUAAGAUACUGGCCUGAGCCCUUGAAAUUGCCUCAUGUUUAAUGCUACUGCGUGUGUCAGACGUUAGGGCUCCCAGGAUGGUGCGUGAGGGGAGCCUAGACCCAUCUAACAACUCCCUUCGGGAGUGGUUUUGAUUAGUUCAUUCUCGAGUUCUGACUAUCUAGGAUUUCCAAUAAAUAUUCAUUUCACAGGUGACUAAUAAAAGCCACCGCCCCUAUCUUUAGUAGAUACCGAGGAGGACAGGGCAUUUCAGAGGCGGAGUGGCUGCAUCCUGCCUCCGAGUCUGAGCCCCUCUGUGCUAUCCACCACCGAAGGGGCUUCGGGAUUCCCCCAGAGCCCCUGCAACUUGAGUGUCUUGAGAUGGGCCGGAAGUGUUAGAGCGGGGCCCUUGGGACCGAGGAAUGUGAAAAAACCUGCCCUACCACCCGAACUAAGCGUCUUCACCCACUGGCGGAGCUGCGCGGAGGGCCGUCCGGAAGCCUCGCCGGGUCCCUGCACCGCCCCUCG